CGCUUGGGAUUCUGGGACACAAACAGUGGUGUAUGAAUAGCUUCAACAGCGUCAACAGCAGCAGUUUCUAGCGUAGAACGAAGGCGACGGAGAAAUCAGCAACAACUAGCCACCGGAGAGACACAGAGAGAGAGCAAAACCUUAUUUCCACUUCUGCGUCUCACUAGUCGGGGGGAGAAGCGAAGAGGAGAAGAGGAAGAGGCCAGCGGCGGUUACGUAUGUUAUUUGUAACGGUGGACUUUAAUUAACGGCGCGCGCUAACGUCAUCUAGCUAACGACAGGAGCCGCAUCGAUCCAUGCUAGUCGGAUAACGUUAGCUGGUAAGGCAAUGCGGAAGGAGUCAUAAAAGUUGACGCUUUUACACCACGUCGACUCCGGUCAAUAAGUCCAAAGAAGACUAGUCGUGUCGCUGUGUCCACUGCUCUCCUCCGUGGACUUGACGCGGUCCUCAGCUGAGGGCUUACGACUCUGAAUAUGGCCAGUCUUUCACACAGAGACCACACAACUGGCACUUUUAAGUGGCUGGACUGGAACCUUGUCCAGUUGGUGUACCCGAGAUAAAUCCCGCUACAUUGGACAUUUUAUGCAAUGGCCAAGGACAGUGACGGGUUUCAUCUGUGUGUCUCACUACACGGUUGUUGUCAGAGUUGCGUAACGAUGGGAUACCGCUGCUAAAGCCCCCCCUCCCCUUGUACACAUAUUUCUGUUGAUGCUCCACAAAUUGAUAUUGCUAGACACAGACUUGCGCUGGAUCUAAAAAAAAAACUGUGGAAACUUCACCGCUGUCGUCACAUCAGACCGCUCACCUGAGCGUUUUUUGUCGGCCGCCGCAGCUUUACUUAAGGCCAACAUGUCAGGGUCCACGACUGUGCAGCUUUUCACCAAACUUGCCAAGCAUGCAGUGGGUAAGGCGCAGAUUCAGCUCAACCGCUGGGUGCAGAAGACCGCCAUGGAUGAUUGUGACAAGAUAGACAUCCUGAUAUGCAGCACCUUCGACGAGUCCGGGGCCGUCAUCGGCAAGUCCGAUGGAGACCCCGAGGUCAUCGGCGACACAGGAGGAAUGUCCUUCAGCAACAGUGGCGAGUUCAGACACCCGUGCUGCAUCACCACCUUUUGCUUCAAGAGCGCCCUGCUGGCAUGCAUCCUCACGGCUGUGUGCUUCUCCUCGGUUGCACUGGUUCGGCAGUACCUCAAGGACCUCCUGCUUUGGGUGGAGAGCUUGGACAGCCUCGUCGGAGCCUUGCUGUUCAUAGUUGGGUUGAUUAUCGUGUCAUUCCCAUGCGGAUGGGGAUAUAUUGUUCUUAAUGUGGCAGCUGGCUACCUCUACGGCUUUGUGCUGGGCAUGGGACUGGUCAUGGUGGGAGUCUUAAUAGGCACCUUUGUGGCGCACCUGGUGUGCAAACGUCUUUUGACUGAGUGGGUGUUGAACAAAGUUGGGAACAGUGAACAGCUCAGUGCUGUCAUUCGAGUGGUGGAGGGAGGAAGCGGACUCAAAGUUGUGGCCUUAGCGAGACUCACCCCUAUACCAUUUGGGCUCCAAAAUGCAGUUUUCUCGAUCACAGAUGUGUCCUUGCCAAACUACCUGGUGGCCUCCUCUGUGGGUUUGUUGCCCACUCAGCUGCUCAACUCCUACCUGGGCACCACGCUUCGCACCAUGGAGGACGUCAUCGCUGAGCAGAGCAUCAGCGGCUACUUUGUGUUCAGUCUGCAGAUCGUCAUCAGCAUCGGCUUGAUGUUCUACGUUGUGCACCGGGCGCAGGUAGAGCUCAACGCAGCCAUCGCAGCCUGCCAGAUGGAGCUGAAGUCGUCGCACAUGAACGGCUCCUCCACCAAUCACGGCAGCUUCACCUACUGCAGCAAGAGGGCGGCAGCAGGCAGCGGAAACUGCAUUAAUGUGGUGUGAUCGCCAAGCGGCUGACGAGGCGGUCUCUCGUACCGCUCGGUUUUCCGAAUUCCAGCUCUGAAGAACGCAUGGUUACCCGUGGAGACUGGAACGUGUUGUCGGUGUGGUUUUUGAUUUCCCCACGACAUUCUCUGGCCAUGUUUGUGUGCGAACCACGACGGUGUACGUCUCCAGUAGGUACGGUCAUCUUACAAGUGUGAGCCCUUCACCCUUUGAAGAAAUGGUGCUGAUGGCAGUGGGGCUUUUUGGGGUUUCUUCUUGUUUUUGAUUAAGGUACUUCUGAACCUAUCCUCACAAGAUGAUGAAGAAAUGAUGAUGACGAUUCGCAGCCUGCUAACACUAUGAAUGUGCAAUCUGGAGCUUUCUACAGAAUCAAGGAAUUGUUUUUCCAUUUUAGUGUCAAAAGAAUGCCAACCUAUGCACCUUUUUUCAUACCUUAUGUUUUAUUCAUCCAUAGCUCAUUCACACUACACAUAAUAAGGGCCUUAUUAAUAGUUUUUGAAGUGUCUUAUUUUCCGCCUGAAGAGAGGGGGACUGCUCUGUUUGAGCAUUACACUUUGAUUUCUGGGUUAUGACCACAUCAGCUGAGUCGGCGAUGAUUUUUAUUUUGCGGUUUUGAUAAGAGCAGCUGAGGAUGAGAGCAUUUCUCAGGAAUGUUUCUGCCAGGAAAGUUGAAGUGCGGCGUGAUCAGCUCCUCUGUAGCAGAGUCACUUGCUUGGCUACGGAGGGAUUGCCACACUGAGCUUAAGCUGAGAUGUCGAGCUUUCCUGUAAACGUUUAGGAUUUAUUUUGAGGGGAUUUUCCAUUCGCUAUUGUAUUAUUCAUUACGAUUAUAACAUUUUCUUAAGAAUCUUAAUAUCUUAAGGUAUUUCUGACAAUUCUGUGCGACACUUUUAAAAAAUGGUGACGCAACAGCGUGAAUGUUUCAGUACGGCCACCAAACUAAUCAGAGAUGUGCUCAUGCAUCAAAAUAACCCUAAACCUAGUCUGUUUAUUCAAAGUUUAACUUGCAUAAUAGACACAUAAGCUAGAUGAGAUACAGAGGAUAUUUUUUAUCUUCCAGAAUUUAAUAAUUGACACGGGCCCCACCUCACCUGAGGCUGCAUGUGACUUAUCUUUUAUUUUCUUACUUGACAAUGCUGGUAAUUAGAGAAUUUAUCCAUCAACAACUUUUGUGUUCAAGCUCAACUCAACAAAGCUCUCAUGCAGUCGAUUAUCUGGCACAGUCCACUUCAAACUGACAUUUUGUACAGAUUGGUUGAGCCUGGAAGAUGUUUGGUUUGUCAAAAAUUGAAAGUGAUGUCUCUCAUAAGCCGACAAUCAAACACAACGUCGACACCAAGUGAUGAAUGUGAUAUUUUUUUAAUUUUACAUAAAUUAUUGUGAUGCUGCUCCUCAGACAAAGUCUGGAUGAGGAAUUAUAAGGGCUUCUUUAUGAAAUAUUGAUCAAUAUCCCUAUAUUUUGAAUGCAGGCAAAACAUUUUGUUUAUUCAUUGUCGUACUUUGUUUUUCCGCAGCCAGAUUUAUUAAUGUUUGCCCCACUCAUUCCAUGCUGUCAGUCCUCUUAAAGCUGUAGUUAUUUUUGUGCUAAAUGUUGAGUGAAAUGAACCCAUCAUGUCCAAAUUCAGCAAUAAUGUUUGAAAGUCUAAAGCAAAAAAUAUAUUAGAAGUCCUACCAGUAAGAUCUGUGUAAAAGCUGUACUUAUCUCUUGAAACUGCAUUUAGGUUGACCUGUGUUCUGCUGUAAGGUUGAGUAUUAAUAUUCCCUGGUUUGUGUUUCAGCGAUCAACCUGCCUAUUACCUCCUGCUGCCUCUGACGGACUUUACUGAGCUGCCAAUUAUCAUUAUUAUUAUUAUUAUUAUUAUGUGGAAGAAACAUAGAAAAAUGUGAUCAGAACCGCUUGUUCAUAUUCAUAGCACCUUCUUUUGGAGUUCCCAAACAUGUGCAUUGCAUAUUGACGUUAAGCGACCUCACUCGUGUCACAUGUACCAGUUAUUCACUUAAAUUGAAAGUUUACGUUCGGAGAUGAGAACAUUUUAUGGCCGCAAGGUUUCUAAAAUCCACUCACAACUCUUAUUUUUCCACAGCACAGAAAUUUGUUUUUGUGUUCGUAUUCGAGGCUUCCACUCGACAGCAGGGAUAUUUUUUAGAGUCUCGACCCUACAAAAAAAAGUGUGAGUUGAUGAAGCUGUUCUGCUCAUACGUGGACAUUGGACCACGUUUAAUACAAGCAUCAAGUAUGUGAAACUUGAUUGAUCACCGUGGACAUGCAUCAUAAUGUUUUAGUCUGUCAACUGGGAUUUAAAAAACUUGACAAUGUGGGAAGAUGAGUGGUUUUAUAGUAAAGGCUUUGUUUCCUCCUAGGUGGGCUCUAUUUAACUUAGAUAUAGUUAUGCAACAACUGAUUCCUACGGGAAGUAUAUUUCAUAGACACUCACACAAGACCUGAAUCUGGGAUGUAACUGCACACACAACUGGACUGUUAAAAUGUGAUAUCAUAAACUUAAGGUCACGUUAAGGGUCUCGUUUGGUGCUAUGAAAUACAAUACUUCCCAUCUGCAUCAAGUGCAUUACACAUAUACUGUAUUUUGUAAUACAGAGAAUUUUACAGUGUAUAAAUAUUGAUAUUUAUCGCUGUACUACGCUUGUUAAGUGUUAUUUAUGAAAGAGAAAAUAAAACCUGUCAGACUUUAUUACAA